AUGGCACAAGGCACAAUUUUGCCAAAUGUAUUGCUUGAUACAGGCCCAUCAAUUGCCCCCCAAAAAGGGCCCAUCACAACCCACCCCCAACGCUUGGACGACGAACACCACCACACUGGUCAUCCCCCAUUUCCGUACCUGUCUGCUCCGUCCGCCUCCCAAGCUUUGCGGCUCCAGGGUUUAGCUAGGGUUCUACCCACGACCACCGCCGCCGCCCGCCCCGCCGCCGCCGCAGCCAUGGCCGGCGCCGGCGCCGGAGAGGAGGACGCGGCGUGGGAGCGCGCCAUCAGCGCGGCCGUCAAGAGCGCGCCGCUCUCCCCCUUCUCCGCCCCCAAAACCCUAACCCUCGACGGCGCCAUCAAGUCCUCCACCGGCCGCCUCCCCUCGCCGGCGCUCUUCGACCGCUUCCCCUCGCUCGAGGAGCUCUCCGUCGCGGGCGCCCGCCUCUCCUCGCUCGCCGGCCUGCCCCGCCUCCCGGCCCUCCGCCGCCUCUCCCUCCCCGACAACCGCCUCGCGGGGGCCGGCUCCCUCGCCGCCGUCGCCGAGUCCUGCGGCGGGACCAUCCGCCACCUCGACCUCGGCAACAACCGCUUCGCCGCGGUCGAGGAGCUCGCCCCGCUCGCACCGCUCGGGGUCGAGUCGCUGGACCUGUACCAGUGCCCCGUCACCAAGCUCAAGGGGUACAGGGAGAAGGUGUUUGCGCUGGUCCCCAGCUUGAAGUACCUGGAUGGCGUCGAUGCCGAGGGCAAUGACCGCCUGGAGUCCGAUGAGGACGAGGAGGAGGAUGAGGAUGAGGAUGAGGAAGGGGAUGAAGAGGGGGCGGAGGACGGCGAAGGGGAAGGGGACGAAGAGGAAGAGGAAGGAGAUGAAGAAGAAGAUGGCGAGGAAGAGGAGGGAGAUGAAGAGGAAGAGGAAGGCGACGAGGCUGAAGACGAAGAGGAUGAGGCUGAGGACGACGAACCGGAGUCAGGCGCGGCCGAGAAAAGCGAGGUGGUCAACGGAAACAAGUCCGCAGGAUCUGCCCUGCCAAGCAAGAGGAAAAGGGACAAUGAAGAUGGGGCCAACGGCGACAACUGA